GCUUACUCAACCGUGACUGCAAUGUGGCGCGGCGCAUCACUCAGUAAAGUUCCAUUAACAGAAUAUAUUUGAAGUCUUAUUCAUGAUUGAAUGAUACAGUUUUGUUUCCAUUUUGAUGAAAGUAAAUGCUAAAAAGGUAUCGGGUUAUCUUGGAGUCCCUGAUCAUCGUAUGCAAUGAGAAAUCAUGAUGUGGUUUAGUAGACUGACACGACAUCAACAAUUCAACAUCUUCCCAGGGUCACAAUGGUUGGCAAGAGUCAAAUUUCUUGUCACGAGUUGCUCUUAUCAGAAUGAAGGCAACAUCAUUUUAAUGGGCAGUCCAGGAUCUGGGAAGACCACACAUGGCAGGAAGCUGUCGCAAAGACUUAAGAUGCCAGUGCUGGAUAUUGAUGAUGAUCAUCUGGAACCCUUCUGGCAGAUGAAAGUGUCACAGAAACUGAGUGAAGUUGGAGGGGAAAGAUUUUUAGAGGCUGAAGGAGAAGCACUCUUGCAGUUUAAAGCUUCCAACACAAUCGUCUCCCUGACUGGUUCCAACCCGCUUCACCCUGAAGCAAUGCGGAUUGAUGGUGAUUUUGACUUUUGCCAAUCUGCCAUCAAAAAGAUUUUCAGUGAUGAAACCCUGAACCAAGAACUGCUUUCAAAUUAUAACUUAAAGCUUAGUGCAGCAAACUCCAUUAACUGGGGGCGAUUACUUCCCCAAAUUGUCUACCAUGCAUCUGGCUACCUAAAUAUGGUUCACCAAGGGGUUAUUGCUAUGGGAGAUGACCUUGAUGUGUGCAUACCAACUGGUAACUUUGGCAACAUCCUCGGAGCUAUUUAUGCAAAGCAAAUGGGAAUUCCUUUCCGUCGUUUUAUUUGUGCUUCCAACAAGAACAAUGUACUGACUGAGUUCUUCAGGUCUGGAGUUUAUGAUUUAAGACAAAAGUUGUUGAGAGUGACAACCUCACCAGCAAUUGACAUACUGAAGUCUUCAAAUCUUGAAAGGUAUUUAUACAUGGUAACAGACAAUGACAGUAGUGAAGUAAGGCGUUGUUUUGACCAGCUUUCCAAAGGCAACUUCUUCCAAGUAUCGCAAGAUGUACUGGAGAGGAUGCAAAGAGACAUCUUAGCUGAUUGGUGCUCAGAGGAAACCUGCUCAAAAACAAUCAAUGAUGUCUUCCAAAAAACUGGAUAUUUACUUGAUACUCAUACUGCGGUUGCUAAGGCUGUUGCCGACAGAUUCCCAAGUGAAUCAGUUCCUAUGAUGAUAUGCUCCACUGCCCAUUAUGGGAAAUUUGCUUCCGAUGUACUGUCUGCUCUUGGUAGGUCAUUUACAAGUGAUGACCCCGUUAUGCUCUUCCAGGAGUUGAAAAAACUCAAACCGCAUCCUAUAAUGCAUCAGGAACUGGAAGAGUCCAUUCGCAGACCAAAGGUGCAUACAAAAGUACUACCAGCUAAUUUGAAUGAAAUUGUUUCUGAGCUAAAACGUUUUAUCGAAAGGGGAUAUGAGCAUGAUAUCAGUAAAAGGUUAAAUUGAUAAAGAUGCCUAGGCUAGGCCUUUUCAAUGCAUAGAUUGACAUCUUUGUCGAUGUUGCUUUGGUACCAAAGUAAAGAAAGUCAACCACUUUUUUAAUUGUUUAUUUCGGUUACAAAAGUCGCAUAAGCACCACAGCGCUUAUAAAGUUUUUGGGAGCUUUAGUGCGGCAUUUGUUCGAGAGCUGAGCUUAUUCAAGAGCGCCGCUUAAUAUUAAAAGAUAUUGCCGCAGGACUUUUUAUGGCUGUUAACAUCUCGCGUAUUCAUGUAGUUCGGCACUGGUACUCGUACAAAUAGCCAUCUUUUCCAAGACAUUCGGCAGAUAAUGACGUGAAGUCAUUAGAAAGUUACGGCUUUUAAAACUAUAAAAUUUGAAGCGAACCAACAGCAACACUGUAAUUAUCAUAAAGGAGAACAAUAUAAGGCAGUAAUUUAUAUAAAGUAGGUUGAUUUAGUGCAUUUAAAAUCAAGGUGGCAGUUAUUUUCUGUUUCUGUUGAAGGUAUCCCUGAUACAGUUUCCUAUAAUUGUGAUUAUUCGAGAGCGGCACUUAUUCAGUGAUUUACAGUAUUUAUUAGUGGUGUUGAGGGUAAAAGCGUCUAUGUAAGAAAAAAUGAUGAUUUAAUAUUUGUUAUCAAUACAAAAACAGGUACACUGUACUGUACAUCCAAUGGUUCUUAUCAUACAUCACUGGUUCUUAAUUUUUCUAAAAGGGCCAGACUAUUUUUUUUAGUUGUGCUCACGAGGCAGAGAAUCAUCAGAAGCAACUCAUUAUAAUGUUUUUAAUAAUUUAAAGAUGUAUUGUCCCCUGAAAAUGACAGAAAAUUAUAAAAAAUAAUUUUGAAAUUGACUUGCUCAUUUUACAGUAAUAUACAAAUUAUUAUUAACUUCAGCAUAGAAAUGAUUGAAUU